AUGGCUGUGAAUGCUACCCACCUGCGGGUCACAGUUGCUGCUUCUCCACCAUGGGUGCAGGUGCAUGAUGAAAAUGGAAAGCUUUACGUUACCGGCAUAUUUGGCCACCUCCUUCGGGCACUCGCUGACUUCGUUCCCUUCAGUUUCGACGUCACUUAUGACCCUAAGCGUUCGUUCGGCACACGCCUCGGCAACGGCACAUACACCGGCAUUAUCGGACUCCUUCAGACCGGGGAGGCGGACCUGGCCGCUUCCCCGGUAUUCCUGCGAUCCGACCGCUCAGAGGUGGUGAAGUUCGCGCCGGUCAUUUACACCAGCCACUGCGCGCUCAUCGCUGUCGCAGGAGAGCCCUCUGUCAACGCAUUCGGAUACCUAUUCGUCUUCGACUGGCAGGCAUGGGCCAUUAUUAUCGCCUCGGUUCCUCUGAUGUCCGCGGCUCUUGCACUCAUCGAAAAGCGAAGGCCUCGAAGUGGGAACACCUUCGCCUUGGAGGCCUACGACAACAUCUGGGACAUCCUCUCCUCUUUCGCCUACAAAGGACAUACGGCGAACACAGAGAGCUACGCCGGCCGGCUACUGCUGUCGUUCUGGUGGCUUAUAGUGCUGGUGCUCACGAACGAAUUCGCCGGUCACCUCAUGGCCAGCAUUGCCAUCAAGAGCGAGCCGCCAAGAUUCCGCUCCGUGGCAGACGUCGCGUACCAGACCUCCAUACGACCGCUGAUCUGGAGGGACACAGCGUUCGAUGCAUACGUGCGAACAUCGCCAAGAGAAUCGCUGCGCUCACUGACCCGACUGGCGCAACGUAAAAAUGGAUUCGUGCCCUUGUCCGAGCUGUACUCCGAAGCGUCUCUGGAGCAGCUGUACAGUGGCCGUGCUGUCUUAAUCAACGACCGAGACGGGAGCAUGCACAUUCUGGCCAAGCGCUGCCGGGUCACCGGAGGGAGGCUGUACGUGGCGCCGGAGUUCCUAUUCACAACUUUCAGCACCAUCGCAUAUUCCAAGCAGUUCCCGGCCGACCUGGAGGAGAGGAUUCAAGCAAAAAUGAGGGCCAUCAUGGAGUCUGGACUUCGCCUCGAGUGGUACGACGAGGGAGUGAAGGAGUGGCACCGCUGCCGGGACAUGCAACGGUCCGGCGCCUCCAAAGCCGGCGUGCUGUCUUUCGAGGAACUGAGCUACGACGACAUGGCGGCCAUAUUCCUCCUGUGGACCAUCAUGGUGGCCUUCUCUCUCGUCGUCUUUCUGCUGGAGAUUUGUUUUCACAAGAUGGGGACGCAACACUACUGCAGGUUUCAACGCAUCAAACCCACAUGGAACGGGCGUCGCCUACACAACGGAAGCUUCCAGAGGAGCGUUGGUCGCGAGGAGCAAAUAGGCAUGGCGCAGCCGGCCGCGAGCAACACUAUCCACGAAGUGACGGAGGCCAUCAUUUCCGUGUCUGCCCGGAGAAAGUUGGUGGACUUUUCAUUGACACCGGCUGCCAAGGAUUAG